UCGGAACCGACAAGUCAUCUAACAUGCCGCUCCUGUUUGUAAUCCAACAGAUGCUGCUAAUAUGCACCGCGUGUCCGCCUCACGGCCCGUCGUCGGCUACUCUCGCCUUGGGAUCCGGAUUCGUCCAGCAAGAAACCUUCGUCCCGCCCGUCAACCACAGCAUCGCAGGCCUGCUGCACAAUCAUCGCGCAGCAACCAUGGAACAGUGCCGGAGCAGUACAAGAGCGGAUCCCGCGGCGGCAAUCGUCACUGGGCACGGCAACUUCGGAACCGACAAGUCAUCUAACAUGCCGCUCCUGUUUGUAAUCCAACAGGUUAGUGAUGGAAAUUGCGUUAACUUUAGAAGUGACAACCGAUUUAUUAUUGUUCUGCCGUGCCCACAAGUGUUCUUUGAUUGUGCCAUGAAUUGUCGGGAUAAUCUGCUGUUACUUCUUUCUGGUGACGUCGAACGAAACCCGGGCCCAGAGACGAGACUAGAAACGAUGAUUUCCCAAGUGCUCGAAAACCAAAAACAGCUGAAAAGUGAACUUAAGGAAGUAAAGGAAAACCAGAUAGCGUCCCAGCAAAGACAAAGCGCAAUGGCCGAUAAAAUCACCCACCUUGAGACAGCCCUUGACGUCCUCCAGAAGAGUAAUCAGCAGAUAUUGCAGCUACAAGGAACGCUUCAGGGUCUAGAAGAAUUGGUCUACUUACAACGCGAAAAGAUAGCAGAUCUUGAGGAUAGAGCUCCGAAGCUGCAGCUCUUGAAGAUGGCGGCAAGUAUCUGGAAUGUCAUAGCCCCCAUCACGAUCACCACGGAUAGUGUCCGAGGGGAACACAGCGACCUCGAUAUAAACUUGCAAAUUACCGCUACUUUCGCGAAGCGACCGAGCUGCUAUUUUUUCAAGUGCCAUAACCGCGGCCUUGGCUAG